CCGCCAACGGACGUGUGCGUCUCGCGUGUAAAUCGAAUUUCCGAAUGAACGAAUACGAAACUUUUUUCCAACCGCAAAAAGACUGACGUGAAAAAUGUGUGUGAACGAAAAUUGAAAAUUUUGAAAAUUGAUUGUGAGUAAAAGCGAAUAAAUAAUACAAAUCGCAACAACCAAUAGAAAUGUGUGUUCAAUAAAAACAAAGCGAAAAAUCGAAUAAAGUAAAUAUAUAAAUAAAAUAUUGUGUCUAAAAACAAAAUUCAAUAAGCAUAAUUAUACUUAAUAAUUGGAUUUGGCUUAAUUAAAAACGGCAGCAAAAGUGUCAAAGCGUAUUAAAACAAUAGCAACAAAAAACAAAAACUGAAACAGAAAGAGCAGCAAAAACAAAACAUCAAAUUCGAGUCCUUUAUUUUAAUUUGGGAGUUUUAAAACAGCGGCGUCCUUGCCGCCGUUGAAGGCUGUCCGGCGAGAUGACAGCGAUCAGGAAACGCAUUUGACACGAUCUCACACAUAUAUACCCAAAUACACCCAUACACACACCAGCACAUGCAUUCACAAUAGCACAAUUCACCAAAAAAAAAAAAAAGGAAUUUUAGGAAAUUCGAACCAAAACCAACCAAAAAUCAAAUAAGUCAAAACUUGCAACAAAUGUGGAAAAUGUUGGAUACCAUGAUGGAUGCGGAUCUCUUGAUGUUCGAGUGCGAUGAAUGCGCCGGUAUGCCACUGGCACCACCGCCACAGUUUCUCAUACCGCCACCACCGCGACCACCGGCCCUGGCCGAGUACACGGUGGUGCCACAGGACUGCAACGAGGAGCAACUGGCGCAGCAGCAAUGGGAGAGCGAUGUCUGCCAGGCGAUGCCGAUUCUGGAUGCCAGCCUUUACAGCAGCCAAUCACUGGCCACAUCAGCCAUGAUUGCGGUUUUCUCACUGCUGCUGGUGCUCAUUGUGCUCAUAUCUUCACUCUUUGUCUGGAAAAAUAAACGAAAGGUACAAAAUCUGCUGCCCUGCAAGACGCCAACCCGUGGGGCACUCAGUGGGGCAAUGCCACUGGGGGGAGGUGGCACGCAUGGUCAUGCCAUGUACGAGGAUCCCGAUGCACAUUUGGGUCAUCAUCGACCGCUCGUAAUGCGGCAUCAUCAAUAUCAACAUCAGCAUCAUCAUCAUCAGCUGCAGCAUUCGCAUCAUCAUCAUCAUCAUUAUCAGCAGCAUCCACAUGCUGAGCUGUUGCAGGGCAAGAGCAUCCACUAUCCCAGCGGUUAUCCGAUGACGCGUUCCCCUCCGUUCCUGGUGAGCUCCUCGCCCGGCCCGGAUCCCUAUCGUUCCAAUGACAAUGUCUACGAGGAGUUGGGACCUGGACGCGUUGAUUCGGAUGGGGAAUCGGAGCCGCCGCUGCAUUCCGAUGAUGAUUUUGCCGAGGAUGAAUUGUCGCUGCCAGGCGAGUGCAGUUUCCACAAGGAUGCAAAUGCCGCAGGGCAACAGCAGACAGUGGGCGUGGCAGCAACGGCAACGCCUUAUCACGAGCGACCUGCCGGCAGCAAUGGGGCAGCAGCAGCAGCAGUGGCAGGUUCUAUGGUAGCUGCCACAGCUGGUGUACAGUUGCCACCGCAGGAGCGGCACAGUGUGCUCAGCUCCGGCUCCUCCACAGGCCAGGAUGCAUCAACAGCGAGUGCAUCCACGUCGAGUAACAACAAUAACAAUAACAAUAUCAAUAACAGCAAUGAACUUGCAACUGUUAGUAAUCCCAGCCAGCUGCGACGCACGCCGCGCAGUCGCCAGCAGCAGCAGCAUCGGAUGCAGGAUGAGCUAAACAACAGCAGCUCGACGACGGCGGAGAUUGCUGAUCUGGCGCCACUCUACGACAAUCGCAGCAACAUGAUGUCCCUCGGCUAUAUGGCACGCUCGACGGCGCCGCAGUUCUACAAUACGCUGGAGCACGAGGUGGAGCGAAGGAAUCGCAUCAAUGCACAGCUGAGUCAGGCGCCAGUUGCUCCACUGUCCACCAUUUACAGGGAACGCAUCAGGUAUCCCACUGUGCAACAGUAUGCACCCAAUAGCGCCAAUGGCCUAAUGGCCGCCACAAUGAGGGCAAGGACUCAACCACGUCUGCUGGAUCGUCGCCUGGCGUCGCAUCAACAUCAACAUCAGCAUCAGCAUCAACAUCAUCGCAUCCAUGCGGCACCGUUGACUACGGAGCCGGCUUAUGGCUAUGCGGAGCCAAUGUAUAAUGCCAACUAUUAUUAUGAGAGUGCUGGGAAUGCUGGGGGAUCAGCGCGUCCUUAUGCCUCCACCAUGCUGCCCACAUCCGCAUCGGACUAUCGACAACCCUAUGGCGACUCGAGCUUUGGCUCCGACUCCGGUUACAGUCAUCAUACGCCAGCCAGUUCCAUUGGACGACAGGAUUACGAUCUGGCUGAGCCACAACUGCAACUGCAUCACGCCAAGCCGAGUAAAUUGAGCACAGCUUUGAGCUUUGGCUGGCAUAGGGGUAGAAAAGCUCCUGCAACUGUUGUUAUUGCCCCCGGUAGUAAUGAGGCAACCAGUCCCAACAACAACACCAGCAACAGCAGCAACAGCAACGUCUGCUCGACAGUCACCUCAUCACAGCUGGAGAAUAAUAAUCCAGCGACAUCCAGCAUAUCCAGUCAGCCAGCGUAGAUCCAAAGGUAUCUAGAAAUUCCUAGAAAUUCCGACUUGAUCCUGUAAAUGUAUAUAAUUAACUGUGUACAGUUGUAGUUUUAAUAUCGAUAGAGUAUUGUG